UAACUGUUGUUUAUAGUCUGUGAUUUUGUAAAAUGCUGCGUGUAACAAGUCGUAACAAUUGAAUCAUCCGUGACCGUCACUGAAAUUAGAAAAUACUGUAGAUAAAGUGUUUUAUUUUCAAUUUAGUAGUUAUAAUUGUUGUUAUUCGAAAUGUCGAGACCCGGAGAUAGACCAAGUCAAGCUCAAACGUACAAACUUGUUGUUGUUGGCGGCGGAGGUGUUGGAAAGAGUGCCAUUACAAUUCAAUUUAUACAGAGUUAUUUUGUAACGGAUUAUGACCCCACCAUUGAGGACAGCUACACAAAGCAGUGUGUCAUUGAUGACAUUCCAGCUAAGUUGGACAUUCUAGACACUGCGGGUCAAGAGGAAUUUAGUGCGAUGCGAGAACAGUACAUGCGUUCGGGUGAAGGAUUCCUCCUAGUAUUCUCGGUAGCUGACCACGCCAGCUUCGAUGAGCUGUUCAAGUUCCACAAGCAGAUUCUUCGCGUGAAGGACCGCGAUGAGUUCCCCAUGCUGAUGGUGGGGAAUAAGGCUGACUUGGAGCACCAGAGAGUGGUCACAUUAGAUGAGGCGCAGGCACUAUCGAGACAGUUGAAAGUACCAUACAUUGAAUGCAGCGCUAAAGCGCGAAUGAACGUUGACCAGGCCUUCCACGAACUCGUCAGACUAGUCCGUCGCUUCCAAGAAGCGGAGAGGAUCCACAUCAAGUCAGAUAACAGGAUUAAGAAGAAAAAAUGCACGAUCUUGUAACAGGACCGGUGUUGGGUGAGCUUUAUAAAAAAAAAUCAAACGUCAAAUUCGAAUGACAGGUGACAGAAUUGAAAUAAUAUCUGUAUCUGUUGUUCGAACUUAAAAAUGGUGCUUCUAAUCUGAUGUUUUUGCAAAAUUCACUUUAUUAUUUUGUUUUCUUUUGAGAAGCCAUUUGUUUAAGUAGCACCUUAAUUUCAUUUAUUUUUAAGUGCUAAUAUAAUUUUUAAAUGUAUACAACCUCGUUUUUAGCGUUUAAGCUAUUUAUAUCUAAAAUGUACUGGAAUUAGCUUUGAAAUUUUAUUUAAUCUAAUACAGCAAUGCUGUUGGCAUUGGAAGAGUAAUGUUGCGAUGAUUUUUUUUUUAUGUUAAUAUAUUUUCUGUGCUACGAACUAUUAAUGCCGGGUCCGUUUUACGCAAUCAUAAAUUAAUUUGACUAAAGCGCGGUUACUAUAUUCACGAGGCAAAAAUAAGUUGCUAUUGUUUUCAAUACAACACAACGCUACUUAAGUGCAAAAGGUUGUAAGUAAAAAUUAAGUUACAAUAUUUUUUUAAUAAAUUAUAUGUAUCAUACAAACGUAACUAUACAAAUUACAAUUUAAACAAGAAUAGGAAAAAAUAUGAGAUUAAAAAAUUAGGACUUAUUGUAUGUCGACAAAUUCGCAUUAGAGAGGAGCGCUUAGCCCAGCCGUGAGACUGUUGUCCUGCGGCACGGAAAGACGCGAAUCCUUGUCGAUGAUAAUCCCUCAUAACUCGGACCUGGAUCCAGAUUCAUACUUCAAGGACACAAUCAGUGUUUUGUUCCAGCAGCAAAAUUUCAAACCUUUUACUACUGGAAUAACUAUAUCCUUAUAUUUUAUUCAUAUAAUCUUCAUAAUUUUCACUACACUCGACUUUUAAACUGAAUGUUAAUUUUUUCAUACAACCUUUUAAUUUUAUAUUAUGAACGUGACAAAGGAAUUAUUUUUAGUUCUGUCAAAUUAUUAUAGAGAAUGUGUUUAACGAAGUCAGCGAAAAAACCUUGUAAUUGACAGGGUUUUGUUUAUAUUAUAUAUUUCGUAUGUUAGAUAAUAAGCAUUAUUAUUAUUUAUUAUUGCUAAAAUAUCUUAAAAUAAGCACAAAUAACUUUACAAUUUAAUAUUAUACGGCGAAGGAUAGAAGACGCGUCAUGUUUCAAUAGAAUUUGUUCUGUUAACUGUACCUGUGACUUUCCAGUGUUAAGUACGUUGAAACAUUGUUUGAAUUUUAUUUUUGAUUUUGCACAAAACGGAUGUAUUUUGUAUUAUUGAUUACAAAAUAAUUAUCAGUCAAAUUUAUAUUUUAAAGAACAGAUUGUAACUGGUCAUGAAAGUUAAUGAAGAUAUUUUUAUAAUGUUUAUUUUUUUCUAAUUUGUAUGGAUCGGUAUUAACUAUGUUUCCACUUCGACUUUAACGCCCGGCCGCUGAGAGACCUCGAGACUCCCCGUAGAUAACGGUCGUCAAAUGUCAAAAAGUCAUAUGCGAUAUUGACCAUUAUAAUUAUAACAUUUCACGCGUGUUGAAGUGAACUGCUGGUCUGGCAGAUCUGUGAUCGAACGGACGAUGUAACUCUGAACUUUCGAAUAAUAUUAACUCAACCACACACAACACACACUUGCUUCACGUUAGGAACACUAUUCCUUGCUACCGGUGGUGAGCGGGCUUUCAAAGCAACAGGCUUUCGAUGCACCAGCGCCCCGUCCUGCGACGCCGACAGGCGGCAUUUUUUGGAAGUCUGCAACGCCAUGCGCGCGCAACGAACACUCGUGUCUAAUUCCAAAGUUUUGUUGAAUGUCAGAUAUUCAAUACUUUCAGCAAUUUUUCAUUCUCUUUAUCGUUUUCCAGCUCCAACACAAAUUUAUCCCGUAAUUCCGUAUCAAGGUCAGAUUUAAACUCGCAUUGUUGUGCGAGACUACGCACUCGCACUGCCCAUUCUGCUAGUUCUUCCCCCGGUCGUUGUUCCGCCUUAUAAAACAUAUAUCUUUCGGCAAAAGUACUUCGUUUAGAAAUAAAAUGAUUAUUUCGCUUUUGCACUAAACUUUCAUGUUGUAUAUGUUCAUCGGAAUCGGAUCGGUAGGAAUGACUAAACCCUUUGCUACGCGGUAUGUGUCUUUGAAGAAAGCAGUCAAUAAAAUUGCGCAAACUUUUGACACCGGUCUUAUCAUUUUCAUCGGUAAUACAAACUUCUGUACAAAAUUGCUUGAAACGAUUGAUGAAAAUACUCCACUCUUGCGUGCGGUGACCAAACACGAGUGUUCCGCCGAACAUCGUACUAACGCCAGCACAUGACGUUUUGUUAUUUUUUUUACUCGUCGCCAAAAUGUAUUCAAGAAAUAAAUAAUGAGCUCGAUGUAAAAUUUUCUAAAAUCAAAAUCUCUCUCAGCGACUCUCAGAGAUCUCUCAGCGACGGGACUUAAAGUAGCUUUAACAUGGACGUCUCGAAACCAAAUACUACUUUAUAUUGUGUUUUUUUUUGUUUAGAUUGUCCUUUUGUAACAAUUUUACUUUGGUAAGUUUCUCGGCAUCAUCGUGUAAGUUGUUUCGAAAUUAAAUCUUAAUUUCAUUUUUGAGAUAAUGUGCUGUGAGGGUUCAUAAUAUUAUUAUUAUUAAAUGUCCCGGUUUAAUUUCGAUUAUUUAUCGGGAAAUGCUCGAUAAAUUUCGAAAAAUAACUGCGUAGCUGUCAAGCGUUAUUUAACGUUAUUGAAACCGGUAUAUUUAAUAAUAAUAAUAGUGCGCACAAAGAUGUUCUCAGAGUACCACGAUACAAGUUUUUGGUCUGUUGUGACGCGGAUGUUGAGGGUUUUAAAGUUUUUUUUUUGUAUUAUUAGACGAUGGGUCUUCCGAUAAAGUAGCUAUUGAGAAUUGGGUAUUUAAAUUUAAAAAAAAAAUCAUUCGCUUCCAUAUUUGUCAGAAAAAAAAAUCAAUGAAAGCUCUGAUGAUCGAUGACGAACGCGAAAAACAAUACACGAAUCAGCCAGCCAGGGGAUAAUUUAACGUUGUGACGUCACAUGCGCUCGGGAAGUCAUCGGUCAAUCAAUUUUAUUAUUCUAUUAAUUUGUAUACAACUUAAGUAUUCUUGGAACUUCAGUCCGAGGUCGAUGAUGUGAGUGAAAUAAAGGAUACAAGAAUUUUAUUUCCACCCGGGCGCCUGAUUGAUGCUAACAUCCUUUGGCAGUGUUGGCAAGCUUGUUCCCCGACACCAUAUGAAUAGACAAGGAGCCUACCCGAUUGAUAUAUUGAUACGCCCCUUAUGCUCGGUUCUGAACUAUGCAUAACUCGUAGAAUUCUACCAUCUCUAAGCUAGUCGCCGGUUUUUAGUUUAAAUCUUCUAUUGCAAUGUAACUGUAUUUAUGAGGAGUGAAAUUAUAAUUUAAAUACCCAAUUAUUCCCAUCACUGUUAGGUAUUUUGUAAUAAAGAUAUACAUACUAUAUAUUUUUUAUAUCGUAUUAUUUGUUUUUAUGCAUUUUUUGCUAAGUGUAACGUUACUUUAAGUGCACUGUUUUUGAUACGAUAUUUAUAAUUUAAUAUAGCUUGUAAUAUUAUAAGCUUUAGCGUUAACACGGCUGCGAUUCAUUCUAAAAUGUCAUUACUGUACAUAUCAGAAAAAAUAAUAGCUACCAAACUGCCUUCCAGGACUGGUUGAGCUGCCAAUAUUAUUCAAAAUUAAUUAAUAUACACUUAAAUUUAAUCCUGUUUGUAUCUGUGUACAGUAAUUAUUAUCUUAUUGGAUUGUCUUAAUGUCCGGCUGCUGGGAAAAGGCGUUACUGACACGUCCGGUAUCGAAUGGACUGUGUAACUUUGAAGUGAAAGAAUUUAGGUACGAUAUAAAUAUUUUUAGCGUUUAUUUUUUUCCUAUUUUAUUUUAAUAUCGUUAUGUCAACGUGCAGUUAAUGUUGUGCUAAAUUUAAUUUUAAAUAAAUAAGCAAACAGUAUUUUUAUAAAUCCAUAUAUCCACGAGGUUAUGUCAGCUGUUUAUUUUUUAUCGUGAUCAACUGACAGACGUCAAAAAAUGCGUUCUCACAGCGGGUGGACUUUAAAUAUUAGGUGAUUUGGAAAUAUUUAUUUGUCUUAUAAUGUAUAAUGAGACAAUUUCCGGUGUACUUCUAUACAUUGUGCAAUUUUUGUUGUUUUUUUUUUUUAAAUAUUAAGCUCAAUCGGCGAUUUGUGUAAUGAGAAAAACGGUUAUCGAUUCCACUGUCUCGGGCGAAACUACAGUUUUUCAAAUCGUAAAGAAAUAUAUGUGUGAUUUUUAUAUAUUUUGUAUUGAGUGCAUUCGUGCGCACGACGAUCGCCGUAUCGUAGUCUCUUGUUUACCAAAGAUAGACGUCGUUAGUACUAUAAGAAAAACGCACUUCUUGUUAUUUCUUAUAAUAGCAAAGGGCUGAAAACUUUGGAUGCUUAAAACAUGUUCUUAAAUAUUUACAAGAUAUAACGGUUCAAAUAAAGACGCCUUUAAAAAAGAGGUCACUCAACAAAAAAUCCUAAUAUUAAUUUUUUUUGAGUAUCCUUUGAUUAGUUGUUUAUAGGGAUUUUUGUUUAAAAAAAAGUAUCUUGUUGUAUAUCGAAGAUUACGUUAAACUAAGCAAUAUUCUGCUCCAAAAUGUAGUUUCGCCUUAAAGAAUAAAGAGUCGUGUCUAGAUCUAGAGCUGGCGAGUCGACGUUUUGUAUAAACGAUAGAGUAACCAAGGGUGACGAAAAGUUUCAAAGAGCUUUAACUGUGGGCUAUACGCCCUUAACUGUAUAACCACACUGUUGUCAAGUAAUAUCUUAUUGUAAUAAAAAUAUAUAACAAA